AUGGGAAUCCAGAAAAUGGAAAUGGAAGACACAGAUGCUACUCUGAUGGAGAAGGGAAGGAAAUCAGCAGCGUCCAAACCUCCAAACAAAUAUGAGAGGCUGUUUCAACCUUGUCUGGCUGAGAUAGUGGGGACCAUGUUCUUCGUAUUCAUCGGAUGUGUGUCAGUCAUUGAGAAUGUGCCUGCAGCUGGACGGCUACAGCCAGCGCUGGUGCAUGGACUGGCUGUUGCUGUGAUGGUAGCCAUCAUGGAUAAGAUAAGUGGUUCCCAUUUCAACCCUCCCUUCACUAUUGCCAUAUACCUGUGUGGAGGCAUGGAGCAGAGGCUGGUGAUACCCUAUUUGGUUAGCCAGCUGAUUGGAGGAGUGCUGGGAGCUGGAAUGGCCAAGGUGAUGACCCCAGCAGAGCGAUACAUGAAUGCCACAGGAGCAGCAUUUGAUAUCAUCAAAUCAGAGAGUCAGCUGACAGGGGCCAUCUUUGGGGAGGUGGCCAUGACCUGCCUGGUUACCAUGGUGGUGCUGCUGGUGGCAGUCAACCGCAAGACCAAAACCCCACUGGCUCCUUUCCUUGUGGGCUGCACUGUCAUCAUUAACAUCCUGGCAGGGGGUGACGUUUCAGGGACGUGCCUGAACCCAGCCCGAGCUUUCGGUCCGGCUGUGAUGGUGAACUACUGGACCUAUCACUGGGUUUACUGGGUGGGGCCUGUGGGAGGGGGUCUGGUGGCCGCUGCUCUGCUCAGGCUCCUUCUCGGGGAUGAAGAGUUACGAGUGGUUAUGAAAACAUAACAGCCUGCCUGUGUGUUGACUUUUUUAUAUGGAGACGUCAUAAAAACUGUAAACUGUCUGUGUAAUGAUACAACGGAACGCAGUCGAUCCAUGCAAUGAUGACAUGUGAUCACUGUGAUUUUCUUGUCUUUUCUUUAAAUGUCAAACUUUAUUCGAUCCUUAUCUUGUGGAUUCUUUGUUUUGAAUUAAAGUUGUGAACACA